CCGCCGGCACACACUCCCUUUGUCACUUGUCCCGCACGGCUGCCAGGUCCCUGCGUCCCAGCACAUCCCGGACUGACGGACGGACAGCAUGAAGUGGGAGGCGCUUGUCAUCGCGGCCGUCCUGCAGGCCCAGUUCCCAGUGACAGAGGCACAGAGCUUCGGCCUGCUGGACCCCAAGCUCUGCUACCUGCUGGAUGGGAUCCUGUUCAUCUAUGGCAUCAUCAUCACCGCCCUGUUCCUGAGAGCGAAGUUCAGCGGGAGUGCAGACGCCCCGGAGCACCUGCAGGGCCCCAACCAGGUCUACAACGAGCUCAACCUGGGGAGGAGAGAGGAGUAUGACCUUCUGGAUAAGAGACGGGGCCGAGACCCUGAGAUGGGCGGAAAGCAGAGGAGGAAGAACCCCCAGGAGGGCCUGUACAACGCGCUGCAGAGGGAGAAGAUGGCAGAGGCCUACAGCGAGAUCGGGACGAAAGGCGAUGGGCUCAGUACGGCCACCAAAGACACCUAUGACGCCCUCCACAUGCAGGCGCUGCCCCCUCGCUAG